GAAGAAGGGCUUUACCUGCAUCAGUGUGAUCAACCAUCUCCUUUGAAGUCCUAGCCUAAAAGCUCUUCUACUCGCAUAAAGAAAGAUGGUGAAGCUUGCAUUUGGAAGCUGCGGCGACUCUUUCAGUGCCUCGUCCAUCAAGGCCUAUGUCGCGGAGUUCAUUGCCACACUCCUCUUUGUGUUCGCCGGCGUCGGCUCCGCCAUUGCCUACGGGCAACUGACAAAGGGCGGCGCGCUAGACCCAGCUGGUCUGGUGGCGAUCGCCAUAGCCCAUGCCUUCGCGCUGUUCGUCGGAGUUUCCAUGGCCGCCAACAUCUCCGGUGGCCACUUGAACCCCGUUGUCACCUUCGGCCUCGCCGUCGGUGGCCACAUCACCAUCCUCACCGGCAUCUUCUACUGGGUCGCUCAGCUGCUCGGCGCGUCCGUCGCGUGUCUGCUCUAGUUCUCCACCCACGGACAGGCUAUCCCGACGCACGCCAUCGCCGGAAUUAGCGAGAUCGAGGGCAUGGUGAUGGAGAUUGUGAUCACGUUCGCGCUGGUGUACACGGUGUACGCCACGGCGGCCGACCCGAAGAAGGGUUCCCUCGGCACCGUCGCGCCCAUGGCCAUCGGCUUCAUCGUCGGUGCCAACAUCCUGGCGGCGGGGCCCUUUAGCGGCAGUUCCAUGAACCCUGCCCGCUCCUUCGGCCCGGCCGUCGCGGCCGGCAACUUCGCCGGCAACUGGGUGUACUGGGUCGGCCCACUGAUCGGUGGUGGCCUGGCCGGGCUCGUCUACGACGACGUGUUCAUCGCCUCCUACCAGCCGGUCGGCCAGCAGGAAUACCCAUGAAGAUCAUCGAAUCCGAACCGUCGCUGCUGUUGAUUCCAAUUUCCAUCCAUGUCACGUCUCGCUUCCUUUUGUAUAUGGUCUUCCCGUUUCCUUCCUUUUUCGUUUUUGGUUUUGAACACAAAUUCUCGUGAAGAAGAUGUAAGAUCAAUGUGUGUUUUAAUUCUUAUUCUGUGAUGAACAAUUGGCAUCUGUGAUUAUUGGUUUUGAUAUUUGGAGAUUAUCGUCGAAGUUGUUUUGGAGAUAA